UUAGAGUAACACUUGUGAUGUACGAUAUAUAGAUGAUCUGUACGCCAGGCUCGUGUUACAGAUUCCUAUCCUCAUAGUUUAUAAAUCGGCACUGAGCUGGUGGCAGUGGCGACAGGAGCAGCAGUCCCAAUAGAUCCCAGAGCAGUACACAGUGUUAGCCAGCGCUCUGUCCAUGUAAACAACACUAAAUGAUGUGAUUUGUGUUUUUCUCUGUUGCAGCUUUCAGCCUUUACUUGCACAAUGGCCCAACCCGCAGAGAAGGCCUAUUAUCGCUUUGUGGUGCUGUUCUUCAACUGCCUGCUUACAUUUGGCUCCUACUUCUGCUUUGACAUGCCAAGUGUUUUGCAAGAUCAGUUCCAAGGGAAUCUGACCUGCCCCAAUACCACAGUGGUCAACUCGACAGUGGAGUGUGUGGAGGGACUGGGCAUGACCCCUCAGCAGUACAAUCUUCUUUAUGCUAUCUAUGCUUGGACGAAUGCUAUAGUAGUGAUUAUAGCAGGAUUUCUGAUUGACAAACUGGGAAAUCGCUUUGGAGUGUUUCUCUUCUCGUUCCUGUGUGUUUUGGGGUCUUCCCUGUUUGCCCUGGGUUCACACUUCAAAGGGACCCCUUAUCUCCUGCCCCUUAUGCUCACCGGUCGAUUAUUGUUUGGGUCAGGAAAUGGAUCUCUCACUAUUGUUCAGAAUCGGAUCACAGCAUUUUGGUUCAAGGGGAAGGAGCUUGCCUUGGCGUUCGGUUUAACUCUGGCUUUCUCUCGUCUGGGCUCAGUGCUUAACUUCUUCUUAACACAGAGGUUUGAAGAAAAAUUUGGCAUGCAAUGGACUCUGUGGGGAGGUGCGCUACUGUGUGUCCUUGGCUUUUCUUCUGCCAUUAUUGUCAGCACCUUGGACAAGGUUGGCAUGAAACAGCUUGGUCUUGAUGGCGCCAUUCAAGAAGAGUCUCGAAAAGUGAGGAUUCAGGAUGUCAAGCUCCUCUCACUCAGAUACUGGCUGCUGGUUCUCACCAUCAUGUUUUUCUACAAUGGCAUCUUCCCAUUCAUUGCUGAUGCCAGCAAGUUCAUCCAGGACAAAUACAGUGACUACAGUCAAAAAGAAGCAUCAUAUAUCGCAGGGGCAGUAUAUGACUCCUCUCUGGUCCUGUCAGCCAGUGUGGGAAUUCUGAUAGAUUACGUUGGUCUGCGCGGGGUUUUCGCUGUGGCUUGUGCUGUCUUCACACUGCCCGUAUUUGGUCUACUGGCAUUUACCUUUGUCCCUCCACUUGUAUCGACCAUUUGGCUUGGAGUCACCUAUUCUUUUGCUGCUGCGAGCAUGUGGCCAUCGAUUCCCCUGGUGGUUCCUCAGGCUACCUUAGGGACAGCCAUGGGCCUCGCUACCUCCAUACAGAUGAUUGGAAUCGGUGUGUCCAAUUUAGUCGUCGGGCAAAUUUUAGGAACCAAAUCAAGUGAUAAGAUUCCUCUGUGGCGUUGGCAGAGAAUGAUGAUCUUUAUGUUGGCCAAUACAAUCAGCUGUAUCAUUACCUCAGUACUGCUAAAUAUUGUGGACUACAGACAGGGUAGUACUCUGAACAAGACGACCAAAAGAUCAGCACAGACAGAGAGAGAGGCUGACCGAGAACCACUCAACCCUGCACAAGAGCAGAGUGAGGAAGAUGAGGACGGGCAGCAUUCUAUCAAUUCAUAAAGUUUUUAAAUUUCUAAAAGAACCCAGCUGUUACUGUGGGGCAAGAGACACUAAUUACCCCAAAAUAUUUACCUUCCAGUGUUUUGUAUUUUUACAUAACAUUGACAUCCCUUAAUGUCUUAUUUUGCUAUAAUAAAACUUUAAUUAAGUACAUUUCUUAUAAAACAGUUUUCCUUUUUAUUUUUGUUUCUAAUUAUAAUUUAUUUGCCUGCUAAAGGAACUGAUUUUAUAUACAUUUUUAAUCGUGUCAUAUUAUGAUUUAUUUGUUUUAAAAGGGACUGCAUUUGAUACAAGGGGAAAAAAAAUAAAGAUAUGAUUUGGCAUUC